GAGGAAUCCAGAUACAGUGAAGUCUCAGUGAAUGAGGGGCUGGGCACCUGGCCCACCUUCCUCUAUCCACACAGUUUGCAGCCAGCUAGCUCCAAGCUGGGCAGCAGCUGAGCACUUGCAAGGGCAGCCUGCAGAGCACUCUCCUCCACCUCCCCCUACACAUCCAGGAACAGGUCCUGGGCCUCCCCCACAACCCAAAGAACAGGUAAAGGGCUCUGCCAAAACGACCAAUCAGGUGCUUCGAUCCAAGCAGCCAGCCAAUGGGAACUCUCUUGAAACCGCACCAAUGGUAGGCUGCCUAUUCAGGCCGAGCCGCGUGAGCCUUACCCCACGGGGACGGAGAGGGGUGCGGGGCCCAACUGCUGUGCAGGGAGCGCGCGGCGGUGCCUGCUAUUCGCCUCCCAGCAUGGCCGGACUGAGCGGCAGCUCCAGCCUGGGGCGGUGCAGCCACGCUGUGGUGCGGGCGCCGGCCGAGUCGCUGUCCCAGCACGCGCUGCGCAUAGAGAAGAGCCAGGAGGUGGACUUCGCGCGGGCCGAGCGGCAGCACCAGCUCUACGUCGGGGUGCUCAAGAACAAGCUGGGCCUGCAGGUGCUGGAGCUGCCGGCCGACGAGAGCUUGCCCGACUGUGUCUUCGUGGAGGACGUGGCCGUGGUGUGCGAGGAGACCGCCCUGAUCACCCGGCCGGGGGCCCCCAGCAGGAGAAAGGAGAACAGAGCCGGUGCAAAUGCACGGAAUUAAACCGAAGAUCUCUGUGGGAAACGUUUGCCAGGAAUAGCUCUUCCGGGGAGUGAGCAGUGUAUUCAGAGUGCGGUGCUGUAAGGCGUGGCAUGAUGGGAGAGGAGAGACAGAAAAUGCUCAAUGCACUUGCAGUCUCCCUUUCCCACAAUGAACUCCAACCUGAGUGCUUAUGGAGAAGCUUUCCCAUUCUUAGCACAAAAGCCAUAGUUUGGGAAGAGCACGUCUGACUUAGUUCUCAGUCGUGCAGUGAAUCACCUGUAUCAGAAAGAAAAUGAAUCCAGAUGUAUGUUCUUGUUGUCUUGGCAGUGCUGUAAUGGUGACUGCAAAUUGUCUAGACUGAAAAACGGAUCUAGUCCCUUUUUGUUUUACAACUAGUUGUGCUUAACAAACAUAUCGGGAUGUCUGACAUUUUGUUGCACGAAAUAGAUCACUGUGAUCUGUUUUAAGACAUCCUGAAGCCCUUUAUAGUAAAUCACAGCAGUUCUUUGUAAGUUUAAACACAAUCCAGGGAGAUGGUACAAAAAUGUUAAAAACCAAUUAACAGCUCCAGGUAUAUGUGCAACACUGCACAAGGCUCAGUGUGAAUUUAAUA